AGGAGAGACAAAGAGAGAAUGGGGAAACAGUGAGAGAGAGCGAGAGAGAGAGUGGGGCGGGAUAGAGUGAAAUGUUCUGCGAUUGAAUGAGAGUGAGAAUGAGACUGAGAGAGACUAGAAGAGGAAACCUUUUUGACUGCCAGCAUUUUGUGGACCGGUCAGGAUACACCAUAUGACAGACUACUGGUAUCCUUUGAAGGAGCAGGAGGGAAAAAGCGUGGAGGGGUGAGAAAGAAAACAAGAGGCUAGAGACAAAAUGGCUACAUUCUCCACUGGCUCUGAAUUUGGUACUGGUAGGUGAGUUUAGUUCUGUAGCUCUGCUCCUCUAUGUUUCGCUACAGAUAUUAAUCUGCACUCUUCCAUGGACAAUCCCAACAGGAGCUACUGUCAGUUAUAGCUCUCUCUUCUGUGGCCAUCUGACAGCAUAGACAUUAAAACAGGAAAUUAUCUUUUACUCUCUGCCUUGGAGAGCUCAAAUGGAGAGUCCAAAUAUCUGCCAGUCGUUGUCGUCUCCGACAGUUGAACCCUUCUGUCAUCUCCCGGAGCGUAGGCUUCUGUUGCUGGGGGGACCAGGAGCUGGGAAGAGCACCACAGGGAAUGCCAUCCUAGGUGAGGAGGUCUUCCAGACUGGGACAGAGACUGUCCACAGCACCGUUGGCCACGGGGAGGUCUGCAGGAGGCGUGUCACCGUGGUUGACACCCCAGGCUGGAUUAUACCCCAUGACUCAGCGGAUGAUACCACCGGGGUCCCGCCAGAGCGGGCUAGCAAGGAGGGACCAUGUGUCGGUGCCACCCUCUGUCCCCCAGGGCCCCACGCGCUCCUGAUGGUGGUCCCUGUGUCACAGCCCUUCACAGAGGGCCACAGGAAGGCAGCAGAGAAGCAGCUGGGUCAUCUAGGAGGAGGGGCCUGGAGGUCCACCAUGGUGCUCUUCACUGGGGUUGACCAGCUACCUGAGGGGAUGUUCGUAGAGGAGUUCAUUGCAGCUGGGGAGCACCUUCAGUGGCUGGUGGAGAGGUGUGGUAACAGAUACCAUGGCCUGGAUAGUAACACACAGCAGAGUGGGGAUGACAACACGGUGAACACACAAGUUCAGGAGCUGCUGGAGAAGGUAGAGGAGCAGGUUAAGGAAAACCAUGGCUGGUAUUUUGCAGUAGACGAACUGAUUCUGCUAGAGGAAGAGCAGGCAAGGAAGGCGGUGGAAGAGAGGCGGAUGAGAGAGGAGCGGGAGGAGAGGGAGAGGCAGAGGCUGCGGAUGGUCGGAGGGCCUCCCAGAGAGCUGAGGGUCCUCUUGCUGGGCUGGAAAGGAGUGGGAAAAAGUUCUGUAGGGAACACCAUCCUGGGCCGUCGGGAAUUUGAGUCGGGGACAGAGACGGAGCAGAGCCUUAGGAGGCAGGCCGAGGUAGCCGGACGCAAGGUCACCAUUGUUGACACCCCCGGCUGGGACUGGUUCUCCAUAAGACGCACCAAGAAACACGUCAGACAGGAGUCAAAGCGAGGGGCCACCCUCCUCCGGCCUGGCCCCCACACCCUUCUCCUGGUGCUGCCCAUCAUCUCCACCCUCACUUCACGCAAGAGGCGGACCCUGGAGGCCCACCUGGAGUGCCUGUUUGGUGAUAGGGCGUGUCUCCACACCAUGGUGCUGUUCAGCUGCGGGGAUUGGCUGGGCCGAACGCCCGUCGAGGAGCACAUUCAGAGGGGAGGUCGGGAGCUCCACAGGUUGUUGGAAUACUGUGGGAACUAUUAUCACGUGGUGGACAGCAAGUUGCCGGGGAAGGACACAAGGAACAUCUCAGAUCUGCUGGACAAAAUAGAGGAAAUGAUCAGAGAGAACGGUGAUGAGGCCUUCUUGCCAAUACAGAUGGAUGAAGAAAGCCCUGAGUCAUCUGAGAACAACAGCCCUGAAGAGGACUGUAGCAGAGGAUGCCAGCUCCAGUAGUGACAAGGGCACAUGCUUACACACUGUAAGGUGGACACGUUCCCGCACCCCAAGCCAAAACAUUCACAUUUUAAAGUGACCUGGUGUAGAACUACACUGGAAAUGAAAUGAAAGAACACAUACAAUGCCUUCAGAAAGUAUUCACACAACUUGACUUUUUUCAAUGGAAAAUGUCAAGGGGUGUGAAGAUUUUCUGAAGGCACUGUACAUGUAUUCAAAGUAGUUGGGUCAUUCUUGAAUUUCUGUGGCAUUUGCAAUCAUGAAAAACACUUUUAAGGACAAAUAAUUGUACAUCAUUCAUGUUUUUGUAUAUAUUGAACUGUUUAUCAAUGAUAAAACAUAAUGCAAGACCUUUAUACUGCAUGCAAUAGUUAGGGCAAGCACAUCGACCCAGUAUAGAGUUGUAGUGACAUAAUUUGGGCAUUCAGAGAUAUCUAUUAUUUUGAAUGCUAGAAAGUAGACAAAAUAGAUUGUACAGUUCAAUGAAAACAAACAAACAAAGGCUAUUAAAAGAAGGAAAAUAAUGUAUAUAAUAAAAAUAUAUAUUUACACACAAAUAUAUGGGGGAUUGGAAAUUAUGCAGAUAAUUACAUUGAUAGAAGCCACACUAUCUGCAAUAUUAAAGCUGAUCUCAUUACUCAUUACAAAGUUAUACAAGGUAACAGUAAACAUGUUGUCCCCCCACGAAUGAUACAGCCUUGGGCCAAUUAGUAACAACAAUUCAAACAAGGGUAACACUUUAUUUGAAGGUACACAUGUUAGCCACUAAUUUCUAGUUUAUAAGUAUGUAUAUAAGUAGCUUAUAAGGCCUUUAUUGUGUUAUUAGCCAUACAUAAGGCUUAAUUAAGUGAUUUGUUAUUCAAACAUUAUAAGGCAUGUAAUACUGGCCAAUCCUUAAUAACCUCAUAAGCUAUAAUAAAGUAAUAGUUAUUGUUAAUAAAUAGCAAGUUACACAAGAAACUGUCUCAAUGUGGUACUAACAAGGGCAUAGUACCUCAAUAUGUGUGUGACCAUAUUUUUACUUGCGGAUUUUCCCCCCCCAUUAAAAAUCCAUUAAGGACCUCAUUGGACAGGAAGGGGCACACCUCCCUCAUAUAUACCAUACAGCCAACAUUCAAGUUACAUUUUUAUGUAAACAAUUAGCAACUCAACUUCCAAAUAUAGUUGCAUACAUGUUGGCUUUAUUGCAUAGAAUGUGGCAUACUUACUAUGACUGUGAUAUGGGGUUGCCUCACCUGAUGUGGUCACCUCAAUUGAAAUGUAAAUGAAGGACAAUUACAUUGUGUGAGCAAAAUUAUUCAUGUUAUCACUUUAGUCAAUUAUUUUUAGUGUUAAAGACUUAAUUUACCUAAAAUGUGUCAUUGGUGUUACCGUGUUACCGUUACUGCUCCUACUGGUGGCACAAUUCUAUCAUAAUGGUAGAAAUGAUUUAAAGUCAUUAAGCUGCCAUAAUAGUUGAUUUGAAAUGGGAAGGUGUACCCAAAUACAUUUAAAUAAUUAAUAUCUAGAGAAUGGACGUUUCCAAAAUCCCCAAAUGCCACAGCAAUUCAAGAACGACCCAGUUGUCAUUGUUUCCCUCAAGGAGUUAUGGUAAUUAUAAAUGCAACUACGCAUUAUGAAUACAUUGUCUUAGAAAUGCAUGUGUGCUGGGCAUCCUAAAGAUAAAAGGCACUCUUAAAACAAUCACAUCAAUCGAAUCAUUUUACCAGACUUUGGGUUGUGUCGUCAGAACAAUACUUAACUGGACUGUAGUAAUGGAUGUUCUGUGAGACAGCACUGCCGUGUAUUAUUGAAAUCUAACAUUAACUUUUUAGUUGAAAUAUCGCAACUCUGACACUUCUAAUGCUUUACUGAAUGUUUUAUACAGUACUGCAUUGCAGAACGCAUACUUAAAAAUACAUGCACAUGAUGUUAUUUGAAUGUUUAAUUGCACUGAAAUUCAUGGAAACAACAUGUGGCAAAAUAUAUAAAUACUUUUUUGGGGUCUUCCCUGUUUUGCAUGUUAUUUUGGCAUUAAUACGUGUUACAUAU